AAUUUACUGAUUACUAAUAUUACUAAUAAUUAUAUUUAUUUACCCUUACAACAUUAUAUACACCAUCACGUAUACGUGUCUUCUACGCAUCAUCUUCAACGACAAUACUCUACUGCUCUGCUUUGGUGGUCGACGUAACUUUCAUCUUCAGAAGAGACAUUAUUUGGGAAGUUUCUGGAUAAGAAAGGUUUUAGACAGACCCCAGCUUCACAAACAGAUGGCAAUUUGUGGUGAUCUUGGACGUGUUUUUAUUGUGGGUCCCGUUUUUAGAGCUGAGGAUUCUAAUACCCAUAGACACCUGUGUGAAUUCACAGGCCUUGAUUUCGAAAUGGAGAUAAAAGAGCAUUAUUCUGAGGUGAUGGAUAUCGUGGACUAUGUUUUUGUUAAUAUGUUUAACAAGUUGAAUGAAAGAUGCCAGGAAGAUCUAGAAGCUAUUAAGAAGCAAUAUCCUUUCACGCCUUUAAAGUAUGGAACUGAAUUCUAUAUACUACACCGCUACCCUCUUGCAGUUCGACCUUUCUAUACAAUGCCUUGUCCAGACAACGCAUUAUAUAGCAACUCAUUUGAUGUUUUUAUUAGAGGGAGGAGAUAAUUUCUGGGUCUCAACGUGUGCUAAGACCUGAACUUCUGGAGGCACGUGACCCUCGAAGGCUAGAACCGUAAUUUUACGUUCUUUAGUGAUGGAUCUUUUUGGUAUAUAUGUUCAGCAAAAUCUAUUAUAUUUUUUUGACAGUAUUUUUAAUCUUUUUUUUUUUUCUUUAGCGAUAUGGAUUUUUUUCAGCAUUGAGCCCUGUGCUAAUUUGUCUAGAUACAACCACUACAAAAGAAAGUAAAUUGUAGGUUCAUGACUAUUCUAUG